AUGAUUUAUAAUUAUGUAUAUAAAAAAGCGAAAUCAAGAAGAAAACUAUUCUAACCCUUAUCACUCACAUAAUCUGCUACACCUAAAAAUUUAAUAGAUAAUAAGUUUCCAAAAUAAGAAUCUCCAAUUAAAAUGGGUUUGGCUUGUGCAAUUUAUUCUCCUAGUCAAAAAUAGUAUCAUCCAUUAGAUGAUAUUUAAAUAAAGAAUAAUUAUCAAAGUGCAUAAAGAUAAAGUUAAAGAUUUAUCAUCAAAAAAAGAAUAAUUUAAUAGAAAUCAAUAACAGAUGUUAGAUAUGAAAAGGAAUAUGGCAGUAACAGAAAAAGCUAAACUUGCAGAAACUAUAGGAAUUUUAACCAUCUUCAAGAUGUUGAAUAAGCAGAAGCCACUUAAUUAAGUAGUUCAUAUUUAUAAGAAAUUAUAGCAUUAUAAUAGAAUGUAGGAAAAGUACUUAAAAAAACAUCUAAAAAGGUUUAUAAAUGA